AUGGGAGCUUCUAAGCUUCUGAAAAGGCUCGAGGUCAAGCCGACCGACGACGAGUACGAGGCAAUCGAGACCAGCAGAUGGGGCAACAAAGAUGUGUACCCAAUUCCUCACGACAAACGAACGUACGGGUGGCUGUCCUUUUAUGCAUAUUGGGGUACAUGUGGUAUUUGUCUGUCCUCCUGGACCAUCGGAAGCAGCUUGAUUGGCAUUGGCUUAACUGCUGGCCAAGCAUGUGGAGCUAUCGUUAUUGGCAGUGUUCUUGCUUCUCUCAGCGCUUACCUCAGUGGAGGGCCGGGUGCCAUUCAUUACCUGGGCUAUGGGACGAUGGCGAGAGCAGCGUUUGGACUGUGGGGGUCAUAUUUCGUUGUGAUGUUGAAUGUUUUCCAAUCGUUCGUCUUCUACGGAACUCAGAUGUACUUUGGAGGCAUGGCUUUCGUGCUAAUCCUCAACGCGAUUUUCCCCAGCUUCCUCGCGAUGUCAAAUACACUCCCGGACAGCGCUGGCAUUACAACUCCACAGCUUAUCGGAUUUGUGCUCUUCAUCGUUCUAUACAUUCCGAUUAUAUACUUCGUGCCCCCUCAUCAAAUCCAAAAGUUCCUUGUCGCGAACCUGGUAGUAUCUACCGCGACGCUGUUGGGAAUCAUGAGCUGGGCAGUCCAUGCCAACGGUGGCGCUGGGAACCUAGUUUCCCCUGCUGUUGAAGUUCCCCCCUCAAAAGUCGGCUUCCUUAUGGUCCAAGGAAUCACAUCGAUCGCAGGAACAUACACGGGCGGGAGUGACCGUGUGAGCGACUGGACACGGUACGCCAAGCAUCGACACUCACCGACGCUUGCUCAGUUGACAGCACUUCCCGUCACUGUGACUCUUACAGCACUUGUGGGCAUCAUUACCACGUCUGCCGCAGCAGAGUUUAUGGGUGAAGCUCAGUGGAACCCUCUGAUUAUGUUGCAAGUCGUUCAAGGGCGAUGGUACACUGCAGCAUGCAGAGCUGGCACUUUCUUCGCCGGAGUCGGUCUCCUCUCUGUAACUGUCUUCGUGAACUAUACACAGAACUGCGUCAGCUCCGGUAUGGACGUCGCUAUCUUGAUCCCACGCUGGAUCUCGAGAAGACGAGGAUCAAUCAUUUUCUCGAUCCUUGGAAUUCUUGCAAAUCCGUGGCGUUUCCUGACCCAAGCAAACACCUUCAUUACAGUCCUCUCAUCUUUCGGUGUCUUUAUGUCGCCUGCGGCAGCCAUCCUCGUUGUAGACUUCUGGGUGGUGCGUAGAACGAAAUGGAACAUCCCCGAGCUCUACAGUCCAGCGGGGAUAUACUGGUUUUGGGGCGGACUCAACUGGAGAGCCUUCAUCGCGUACAUCCUGGGUAUGGUGUGGGCACUUCCUGGCUUCAUUAUGGCUGUUGGAGGCCCGGCAGUUGCAGAUGGUUGGUACCAACUCUAUCAGAUAUCGUUCUUUUUCGGUUACGUCGUGUCUGGAGGCUUGUUCUACAUCUUCAACCUAGUGUCUCCGCCACCAGGUCUUGGUGUGCAAGUUGACUUCGUACUUGAUCAAGGGCAAGUUGUGUUUGGGGUAGAAGCAUCUGGGAGAACGCACGAGAGCUCUGAAGAGGUUGUCAUUGAGAAACGAGCCGAAGCAGCUGACCAGAAGGUAUGA